AUGGGCUGGCCGUCGUGCAAUGCCACCGAGGAGUACCUGACGAUCCACGAGGUCGACCUCUGGGAUGGAGGCAUCACCUUCCACACCCUCUGCAUCAUCCUGUGUGCCAUCUUCACCGUCAUCUCCUUCAUCCUCGCCGGCAUCCUCAUCGCCGGCCACGCCCUGCACUACAGCCGCCCCAACGAGCAGCGCUACAUCAUCCGCAUCCUGUUCAUGGUCCCCAUCUACGCCCUCACCUCCUUCCUGUGCGUCUACUUCUACAAGGAGUCCGUCUACUACGAGCUCAUCGGCGACUGCUACGAGCCCUUCGCCAUCGCCUCCUUCUUCACCCUGCUCUGCUACUACAUCGCCCCGGAUCUGCACUCCCAGAAGGACUACUUUCGCCAGAUCCAGCCCGUCCCCUGGGUCUGGCCCUUGCCCUGGCUGCAGAAGUGCUGCGGCGGCGAGCGCGGCUGCUGGCGCACCCCGCGCUCCGGCCUGACCUGGUUCAAUGUCAUCUGGAUCGGUGUCUUCCAGUAUUGUUUCCUGCGGGUUGCCAUGACCAUCAUCGCCGUCGUCGCCCAGUACUACCAGCUCUACUGCGAGGAUUCCGACGACCCGGCCUUUGCACACGUCUGGGUCCUCAUCAUUGAAUCCAUCGCCGUCACAAUCGCCAUGUACUGUUUGAUCCAGUUCUACGUCCAGAUCAAGAAUGACAUUGCCCGUUACCGCCCCUUCCUCAAGUUGCUGUGCAUCAAGCUCGUCAUUUUCCUGUCUUUCUGGCAGUCGACCAUCAUCGAUUUCCUCACUUCUUCCGGUGUCGUCAAGUCUUCCGCCAAGGUCCACCUGCAGGAUUGGAAUGUCGCCCUGCCCAACCUGCUCAUCGCCAUCGAGAUGUCUUUCUUCGCCCUCCUGCAUUUCUGGGGCUUCCCCUGGCGCCCCUACAUGAUCGGCAAAGACCAGCCCCUGACCGACCCUACGGACCCGACCGCUUUCCCCGCGCACUACUACGGCCCUGCCCGCGCCCUCUUCGACGCCUGCAACCCCUGGGAUCUCUGCAAGGCGACCGCCCGUGGUUUCCGCUGGCUGUUUGUCGGUCGCAAGUCGCGUACCGCCGAUCCCAGCUACCAACUGGCCAACCGCCAGUCGGUUGAGGGUCGACAAUAA